UAGAGUCAUUUUCGUGCGUCGGAUAAGUUACUGAGCCUUACUUCACUCUUGUAUUACUUUAUCUGCAUGUUGUUUCAUUUGUAAACUCUCUAAAAAUAUAUUUUUUCUUUUGACGCUAUGGUGCUACUCAAAGGGUUUGUCAUGUUAAACAGAUAUUUAACUCCGAAGAAGCUUUUCACGCAAGCAAGGUUAUUUGGAAAUGGGACAAACACUUUAUACCAGAGUAGUCAGGCUGGAUUCUUCCCACCUCUUGAAGGUGCAAUGCUUCUCCCUGGAACGUUCAAAAACAAAGUGGCCUUCAUUACUGGAGGAGGCACUGGGCUGGGAAAAGGCAUGACCACUACUCUCUCUUCUUUGGGAGCACAGUGUGUGAUUGCCAGCAGAAAACUGGACGUUUUAAAGAAAACAGCUGAGGAAAUCUCUCAACAGACAGGAAACAAGGUCCAUGCUGUCCAGUGUGAUGUGAGGGACCCUGCCUCAGUGGAGGCUGCUGUUAAUCAGUUUGUCAGUGAUGUUGGUCUGCCUGAUGUGGUGAUAAACAAUGCUGCAGGAAAUUUCAUCUCUCCCUCUGAGAAGCUCUCCCCCAAUGCAUGGAAAACCAUUACAGACAUAGUGUUGAACGGCACUGCCUAUGUCACACUGGACAUCGGAAAGCGUCUCAUCAAAGCUGAGAAAGGUGCUGCAUUUCUGGCCAUCACCACAAUCUACGCUGAAAGUGGCUCUGGAUUUGUUGUGCCGAGCGCUGCAGCUAAAUCUGGCGUAGAGACGUUGUGCAAGUCUCUUGCAGCAGAGUGGGGCAGAUACGGCAUAAGAUUUAACGUUAUUCAGCCAGGACCAAUCAAAACCAAGGGAGCAUUUAGCAGGCUGGAUCCCACUGGAAUGUUCGAGGAGUCGAUGAUCAAUAGAAUACCCACGGGUCGUCUGGGAACGCAAGGAGAGAUCGCCAACCUUGCUGCCUACCUCUGCAGUGAUUACGCCAGCUGGGUGUCAGGCGCGGUCAUCAGAAUGGAUGGGGGUGAAUAUGUCUCUAUGGCUGGAGAGUUUAAUGAUCUGAAAAAGGUCACAAAGGAGCAGUGGGCCAUGUUGGAGUCAAUGAUCAGAAGCACAAAGGGAUCAUAAAUACUCUGAAACAGCAUUAAUAGGCAACUAAUCACAGUCCUAAUCUCCAUGGCAACCAUUUGAAAUAUGAUAACACAUCUCAUUCAUACAGUAGAUCAUAUUAUACUUUGGGACUUAAAACAUUGCCUUAAUGUGAAUUUGUACCUGACUCUAUAGGGUUUUUCCUGCCAUAUAUGAAAUGUCUGUCCAAUAACACCUGUAUCGACUUAAGUUUUAAUAUCUGUGUGCAUGUUGUAAGAAAUGUAUGGUUUGUACAUCUAAAGCCAUAAUUAAUUAUACAUUUGCACACUUUAGUAUAAGUAGUCCUAGAUAAGCUCUGAUUUUUGGGCCAUAGCUGCCUUAAAACACCAUUGUAUUUAUACAUUCAUAGCCUACGGUACAUGCUUUCCUUAUUUUUAUACAUCAACCAAAAGGUUUUUGAUUUCAAUACAUGUUUCAAGGGAUUCAGCUUUCAACUUUGUAAACUUUUUUGGACUUUUUGAUUCAACGACUUCUUUCAAGAAAACGAUACAAUAAAUUCUGCCCUAAUUUUUAUUCUUAGUGAAAUACUAUUAAGCGAAAUAAAUCCAGAAUAAAUUAUGCGAAACACAUUUUCGGGAUGUAAGUGUUUUUGUUUUAUUUUUUUUUAUAUGUUGUAAUGUGAUCUAUAAAAAAGUAACUGUAGUCCUAUUACGAGUAUUUUUAAA